ACAGAGAGAUGUGUGGACUACCGAUAGCUUUUAGUAAAUCAAUUCGUAGUGUGAGUACUACCUGAGAUCGUUAAGUGCCUCGACUGUCUCUGCUAUUCGCUCGAUUCUGUUCGUUUGUGUUGCUCAUCGCUCGAAUUGGGGUUUCCAAGGUUAUUCUUGAAGAAGAGGAUAUGAACAAAAUAAGAAGAUCGAUGGCUCCUAGUGUCCAGCAAAACAGACAAAUUAGGUAUGGUAUUACAGAACCCAUCUCUUUAGGAGGACCAACGGAGCUUGACGUAAUCAAGACAAAAGCCCUAGAGAAGUACUUGCAAGACGCUGGAUUAUACGAAGGAAACGAGGAAGCUGUUAGAAGAGAAGAGGUUCUUGGAAGACUAGACGAGAUCGUCAAAACAUGGAUCAAAAAAAUAAGCCGCGAGAAAGGGUUAAGCGAAGAGACGCUCGAAGAAGCGAACGCCAAGAUAUUCACUUUCGGUUCUUAUCGGUUGAAAGUACACGGACCUGGUGCUGAUAUCGACACUCUAUGCGUUGGUCCAAGAUACGCAACAAGAUGAGAUGAUUUCUUUGGGGAGUUACACGGAAUGCUUUCGGAGUUGCCUGAAGUGACAGAGCUUCACUCUGUUCCCGAUGCUUAUGUUCCCUUGAUGGGUUUCAAACUUAAUGGUGUUUCUCUUGAUCUUCUCUACGCACAGCUUCCUUUAUGGACUAUCCCCGAGGACUUGGAUUUGUCAGAUGAUUAUGUUCUACAGAAUGCUGAUGAGCAAACUGUUAGAAGUCUCAACGGUUGUAGAGUCACAGACCAGAUCUUUCGUCUGGUUCCCAACAUUCAGAGUUUCAGGACAACGUUGAGAUGCAUUAGGUUUUGGGCCAAGAAGCGUGGAGUAUACUCUAACGUCUCUGGUUUUCUUGGUGGUAUAAACUGGGCGUUGCUUGUAGCUAGGAUAUGCCAGCUUUAUCCUAACGCCUUACCAAGCAUGUUGGUGUCUCGGUUCUUUAGAGUCUACACUCAAUGGCGUUGGCCCAAUCCUAUUCUUCUUUGCUCUAUAGAUGAAGGUUCCUCCUUAGGUCUUCAAGUUUGGGAUCCUAGAAGAAACCCUAAAGAUUGUUUGCACAAGAUGCCAAUCAUUACUCCUGCUUAUCCGUGUAUGAACUCAAGUUACAACGUCUCUGCAAGUACGUUGAGGAUUAUGACAGGAGAGUUUCAGAGAGGCAAAGAUAUAUGUGAAGCUAACGAAGCUGAUCAGUGGGAGACUCUUUUUGAGCCGUUUGCGUUCUUUGAAGCGUAUAAGAACUAUCUUCAGAUAAACAUCUCUGCCUCUAACGUGGACGAUCUGAAAAAGUGGAGAGGAUGGGUGGAGUCACGUUUCAGACAGCUGACGUUGACGAUUGAGAGGCAUACUUAUGACAUGCUUCAGUGCCACCCUCAUCCACAUGGUUUCCAAGACGAUUCAAGACCGCUACAUUGUUCUCUAUUCAUGGGUUUGCAACGUAAACAGGGAGUUCCAGCAGCAGGAGGAGGUGGACCGUUUGAUAUCAGAAGAACUAUUGAGGAGUUUGAACACACUGUUUACUGUUACAUGAUGUGGGUUCCUGGGAUGGAGAUUAGUGUCAGCCAUGUAAUGCGAAGAAGCAUACCUAGCUUUGUGUUUCCUGGUGGAGUUAGACCUACGCGUGACUCGAAAGACAGCAAACGCAGUUCAGAGCAGAGAGUUUCUUCGACAGGAAGUUCAUCUACUAUUACUAGUUCUGAAAGUAAAGCUGGGAAGAAGAGAAAACUGAGAGAGGGCGAGACACGUACCGGUCAGUCAAGGAACUCAAAACGCGCUACAGUUUCAGUACAUGUAGAGAAUGGCGAAGACGGGAGUCCUGAUUCAUCUGUUGAAUCCAUUUGUUCAGCUUCUGGUAAAGAUCAUUUUGCAAAGGUUAAAUCUGAUCCCAUCAGUGAGGAUGUACGAGAGAGCCAUCCAGUAGAGAAGAUAGUCGCUUUUCAAGAUUCUCUUAGUCAAGAAAGUGAAGAGGUUGAAGACAACUUUGGUUUGGGAAAGCAAGUGGUAGAGCAGGUUUCAAGUAAAGAUACAUUCUCCAAUGGAGCAGUGGAUGAACUCGAAGAUGUUCCAACGCAACAGCCUGUGGUGCCGCAUAAAGGUUCAGUGCAACUGCGGAAACCGAUGAUCAAGUUGAACUUCACAUCUCUGAGCACCAUCAAUGCCACGAACCUCAUAGCUUGUUGAAAUUCAGAGGUGUCAAGUUGCAGACUUUCUUCAAGUCUCUGAGCACCAUCAAUGCCACGAACCUCAUAGCUUGUUGAAACUCAGAGGUGUCAAGUUGCAGAUGUUGUAAGCAAGUCUUAAAUACUAUGUGUAGUUCGAUGUAAAAACUCGUUAAUUUGUUCAAGAAUCGCAA